AUGGCUUCAAGACCAGGAUUGCUCACAGAGUGGCCAUGGCAUAGGCUCGGCAACUUCAAGUAUUUGGUUAUAGCUCCGUGGGUGAUACAAAGUUUCUACUUACUUGCAACAAAGGAGAUGAAGGAUGUCUCCAUACCUUAUCUUCUGAUUUUCCCUUCCAUGCUGCUGAGGAUGCUCCACAAUCAGAUAUGGAUAAGCAUUUCUCGCUGGCAAACUGCCAGAAGUCCUCACCGGAUACUUGACAAAAGUAUAGAGUUUGAGCAGGUUGAUCGUGAGAGGAACUGGUGA